AUGUCUUCCAUUGUCAACAAGGUCAAGGACGCUCUGUCUUCAGACAAGAAGCACGAGCAGCCUGAGGGAACCCACGGUCACCACGACAGCCGCGCAGCAAACGCCGCCGAUCCCCGCAUCGACUCUGACCGCGACCACCGCGCCAACCCCGCUGGUACCACCGGCACUCACACCGGAACCCACACUGGCACCUCCGGCCUCACCGGUACCACUGGUACCACCGGUACCCACACUGGUACCCACGGCACACACACCGGAACCACCGGCGGCCUUACCGGCUCCAACGUGACGGGCACCCACGCCGGUCACACCGGCGUUGGCGGCUACGAUGGUCCUGCCCCCACCACUGCUGGCCCUCACAAGUCAGACGCUCUGAACAAGGCUGACCCCCGCGUCGACUCUGACCACUCCAAGGACUACAACACUCACACCACCGGCGGCCUCACCGGCAACCCCGCUGGCGCCGGCCACCACACCACCGGUGCUCACGCCGGCACCCACGGCACCCACACCGGUACCACCGGCGGCCUCACAGGCUCCAACGUCACCGGCUACGAUGACCCCACCGGUACUCACGGCACCCACAACUCGAGAGUCGCCAACGCUGCCGACCCUCGCAUCGACUCUGACCGUGACCACCGCGGCGCCCCCGGCCACACCGGCAUCGGCGGCGCUGGCGUUGGUGGCGUCGGCUCUACUGGCACCCACACCGGUACUCACACCGGUACCUCCGGUCUGACCGGCACCCACGGUACCACUGGCACCCACGGCACUCACACCGGUACCUCCGGUCUGACCGGUACCCACGGUACUACUGGCACCCACGGCACCCACGGCACUCACACCGGUACCACCGGCGGCCUCACGGGCUCCAACGUCACCGGCUACGAUGAUCCUACCGGCACUCACGGUACCCACAACUCGAGAGUCGCCAACGCUGCCGACCCUCGCAUCGACUCUGACCGCGACCACCGCGGCGCCCCCGGCCAUGCUGGCGUCGGUACUGGUGUCGGUUCUACUGGCACCCACACCGGCACCCAUACCGGCACUCACACCACUGGCACUCACACUGGUGCUCACACUGGUGCUCACACUGGCGUCGGCCACACCGGCGUCGGCACCAACACCCACAGCGGCACCACCGGUCCCGCCCCCGGCACUGCCGGCCCUCACAAGAGCGACUUCCUGAACAAGGCCGAUCCCAGAGUCGACUCCGAUCUCGAUGGUAGCAAGACCAUUGGUGGCAACAACACCGGAACUUCUGGAACGACUGGCCACGCCAAGGACCCUACCGACGCCGCUCAGGUUCCUCCCUCCGUGCUGGCUAAGCACAUUGGUGAGCCCGAAACUGCGCACGGCGGUGUCCACGGCGACCACGGAAGACGGAACUCGAUUCCUUCUCACCAGGAGACUCAUCGCGGAUUGUAA